CCUUUUCCCCUCGCAGGUCAAAAAGAUAAUAAUAAAAAAUAACAACGAUGAAUAUAUAUGAAUCGCCUCCAACUGUACGGCAUAUACGGAGUAUAUCUGAAUUAUGAAGUAAUAUCGACUAACCGUAGAAGCUCAGAAAUCCAAUACGGCAAUGGGUACACUAGGUAUUACCAUUUCUUUGUCUGAAUAGAUUCUUUUGAUCCUCGGAUCAUCCCUCGCAAACUUUACAGAAAGGGUACAGGCAAGCCUAAACGGAUCUACAAUCCUUUACGAGAGAACAAGCAUGGCACCCCCACAAAUGCUUGCGGCAGCAAAACCCGUAUUUGGCGCCCGUUUCGAUGCUUGGAAUUCAUCAGCUACAGGCCAUCAACGAGCAGAGAAUAAGUUGGCUGGCUCGACAGGAUGGAGAGAAUCUCGCGCAACGAAGUUACGCCAUCAGUUCAAGUCUGGCGGUACAGGUGACAAAAGGAUUUCCGAUAGAGUUGGUGCAGGAUCUGAAGACUGGGAUGAGAAAGCGAAAGCCCUGAUUCCAAAAGAGGUCAAGGCAAGAGCAAGACAAAGUGUCAGUGAUAUGUUGGUGGGGAAACCAGGCUGUAUGUUUUGUUGUCCCUUCUAGAUUCCCUGUCUGUUGUUGCCAAAUAUACUUUACUGAUGCUUGUCUCUCCCGUUUAGUGCCAAUGAGCGCCGAAGAGCGAUUGAUGGAGAAGCGGAGACUCGAAGAUGAAACGAAAGUGGAAGAGGAGGAUCUAGCCCAAAAGUCUAGAGGCAUCUUUGAUGAGUUGGUCAUAUACAUAAACGGGAGUACAUAUCCAAUGGUCUCGGACCACAAGCUCAAGCACUUGCUGGCAGAGAAUGGGGCACGAAUGUCUAUGCAUCUGGGCAGACGCCAAGUCACACACAUUAUCUUGGGCAAACCCUCACAUGUAGGAAGUGGAGCUGGAGGUGGUUUGGCUGGCGGGAAGUUAGAGAAAGAGAUACGAAGGAUCGGUGGUUGUGGAGUUAAAUAUGUCGGUGUAGAAUGGUACGGAGCUGCCGGCAUCCCCUGUUCGCAAAUUCAUCUAAUCAUUUGGCCAUACAGGGUACUAGAAAGUAUUAAAGCUGGAAAAAGAUUGCCCGAGACGCGGUUCUCGAACCUCAAGGUGGCUCCAAAAAGUCAGCAGAGCGUUUACGGCAUGUUCAAGAAAACGGCCAAACGUGGAUUAGCGAAUGGCCCAAAGGACAUCGAUUGAGAGAAGGGCAUGCAAUUCGUUCAUCCCUAAACUUUUGUUUCAUUCAGAGUCUAAAGCUCGAGUUUCGAGAAGUAAGUCAUCGAGGUCAAUGCAUAUGAUGGGUAGGUAUUUAUAUGUCAUGGGAGCUAUAUUCGGCUGACUGCUUGCUUCUACGGCGUUGUGUUGAAGUUUGAUGUGCAUCCUGGGUGGCUGCAUAGCGCCUGCGAAGGAAAUAGGGAAUAUCCAUUAUUGGUGGUCUAGAGGCGUUUGGUGGGAUUUGGAUAAAGCUGUACCAUGACAUAAUUUGAUAUCAAAGCAAUGAAGAAUAAUCAACUGCAUACAUUGCCAUGCAUGGGUGGUAUUCUUUGGAAGAACGACGAGGCAUCGUUCUCGAUAAUGACAUUAAAUACUUUGAGUUGAGUCUAUAUAUCCAAUGCUCUAUAGAUCAUCUACCCUUUUUGGAUCUGAAGAUAUUCUUCGAUACUCCAGGAAUACCUGAGUAUCGGGAAUCGAGGCGAUGGCAAUGGUUCCUUGAACGCAUGAUCCAGGAUCAUUUGAUUGUGGCUGUAAGUUAUGAUUCUGAUAGUAUUCACAAUACAAUCAAUCCGUAUCUGACUCAAUGACUUCUCUCAUGUCGUAGCGAUUUGAAGUUAUUGAUAAUCAAAUCCUUUAAAUGUCCAUUCGAAACUACUCGUAGAAAUGGAGAUUCAAUUAUCGGAACCGGCGAAAUAGUUUUGGCGAUGUACGUUGCCCCGUAAACAAGGAAAAACCACCAUUCACAACAGAUCUUACGAAAAUGUUUGUCCACCACCACACAAUAUCUCAAACAUUGCAUGACCACUACUCAGAAAGAUACACAUUCACAAUUCCAAUCACAAACAAGGAGGGUUAGCAGAUGGCGGAACCCCUAUUGGAUUUAACCAGCGGAAAUAUCAAUUCUGGAAGUCCGUCAGUUAUUAGCAACACAAACAACAUGUCGGAAGAUACCAGCUAUACCGAAAACACACCUAUGAGCGGGAGCGUGGGGAGUCCACCAAGUUC